GGCUGAGGGCUGAAGGCAGAGACGCUGAGGACUGUGGGGCUGAGAGCUGAUGGUCUGAGGGGCUGAGUGCUGAGGGGCUGAGGGGCGGCUCCUCCCAGGCCCCUUUCUACUCUGUGCUCUUAGAAGGUGCACAGGGGAGAGGCAGGGAGAGGCCAUAGCACUGAAGCUCCCUUACCGCCUUGGGAGCCGGGCCACACCCUGUGUGUGUCUGUCUGUCUGUCUGUCCCGGUGAGCUAUUCUGUCAGCUCUGCUCAGGCACUUGUGAACAUUGCUUUGUAUUUGUUUGGUUUGGGUUUUGCCUCCAGGGUGAUCACUGGGGCUCUGGCAGCACUGUGAAUCCGCUGCUCCAGACGGCCAUUUUUCUAUCUUAUUGGACAGGACAGAGAGCAAUUGUGAUGGAGGGGGAGACAGAGAGACAGAGACAGACAAACACCUGCAGCCCUGCCUCACCGCUGGUGAAGUGCCCCCCUUGCAGGUGGGGAGCGAGGGCUCGAACCCUAAUCUUGUGCAGGACCCUGCCCUCAGUGCUGUGUGCUCUGACCCGGUGCACUAGCACCUGCCGCCUCAGACAGUUCUCAGUAUUCACUGAGGGAGGUGAGAGAGAGGAAGAGGAGGGUUGAGCUCAGCUCGGAAAGCUUGGGCGGAGCCCUGACGUAGCCGCCUCAGCCCAGAAACAGCUCGCGGUCCGCACAGAGAGACAGAGCAGCCGGCCAGACCCUCGGACCCCCGGCCCCUCGUCCGGGCUCUGGAGAGGAGGCCUGCCAUCGGGGUGCCCUGCUCACGCACCCUGACAGGCCCGUUUCCCCACAGAAAACUCUGCCGCUGCUGGGAGACCUCAUCAGGGACAAACACCAGAAGGUCAUGGAGGAGCUGGAGACCUGUGGCAGAGACGUGCCGGACGACGAGAUGGGACAGAUGGUCUUCCUGAUAGACAAAAUCAACGUGUUCAGCCAGGACGCCAUGGCUCUGGUGCAGGGAGAGGAGCACGUGGAGGGCAGCAACAUCCGGCUGUUCAACAGGAUCCGGAAAGAGUUCCACAAGUGGAGCCAGCUGAUCACAGACAAUUUCCAAACAGGCCGCGAGACUAUGCGCAAGGAAGUCUGCAAGUUCGAGAACCAUCACCGCGGCCGCGAACUGCCGGGCUUCGUGAAUUACAAGACCUUCGAGAAUAUCGUCAAGAAGCAGAUCCAACGCCUGGAGGGGCCCUCGGUGGACAUGCUCCACACCGUCACAGGCAUAAUCAGAGUGGCCUUCACAAAUAUUUCAGAAAAGAAUUUCAAUGAAUUUUUCAACCUUCUCAGAACCUGCAAGUCCAAGAUCGACGACAUCAUGCUGGAGCAGGAAAGGGAAGCUGAGAAGUCCAUCCGGCUCCACUUCCAGAUGGAGCAGACCAUCUAUUGCCAGGACCACACCUACCGCGAGGCCCUGGAGAAGGUCCGUGAGGACGAGGAGGAGGAGGAGGGGGCGACAUCGCACAGACACUUGGCGCACUCCCAUUCUUCCCAGGAGUCCUCAGCCCAGGAGAUCUUCCAGCACCUGGCUGCUUACUACCAGGAGACCGGCAGCCGCAUCUCCAGCCACGUGCCGCUCAUCAUCCAGUUCUACACUCUGCAGACCUUCAGCCAGCAGCUGCAGAGGGCCAUGCUGCAGCUGCUGCAGAACAAGGACGGCUACGACAUGCUCCUCAGGGAACGCAGCGACACCAGGGACAGGAGGAAGUGCCUCAAGGCGCAGCUGGCGAGGCUGGAGCAGGCUCGGCGACGCCUGGCCAAGUUCCCCGCCUAGUGGGCCGGCCCUGCCCAGCUCUCAGAGUGCCCAGCUCCCAGCCUGCCCACGUCCCCGGCCCUGCCCAGCUGUGCCCAACCUGCCCACUUCCCUGGCCCUGCCCAGCUGUGCCCAGUCUGCCCACUCCCAGGCCCUGCCCAACCUGCCCAUCCCCAGGCCUUGCCCAGCUGUUCCCAGCCUGCCUACCUCCCAGGCUCUGCCCAGAUCCCAGCCCUGCCCAGCUGUGGCCAGCCUGCUGAUCUCCCAGGCCCUGUAAGAUGGUUAGAUCUCUUCAAAGGAACAUGAAUAAAACA